AUGUUGAAACGGGACAAAGGAGUUGUUGUGAAUGUGUCAUCUAUGACUGGAUGGAGACCACUUCCUUAUUUGAGCAGUUAUCCAGCUAGUAAAGCAGCUUUAUCCUUCUUCUCCGAUUCACUUUACGAUGAAUUCUCCAAAACGAAUGUCAAAAUUCAAUGUUUAAUACCAAUGCUUGUAGCAACGAAAGUAGCAUCAUAUGAAGAGAGUGAAGCUAACAACAUCUUUGUUGUUACACCCGAAAACUAUGCUAAACAAGCUGUACGUGCAAUAGGACGAUGGUGUAUUAUAACAGGAUGCUUUCAACAUGAUGUUCAAAUAGCAUUGGGUACAAUUCUAUCAUUUUCAAUUUUCAAAUUCUUCUAUGUGCCAUUGGUCAUGUUGGGCAUUCAUAAGAAGAGAGUUGCUGAUUAUCAAGAGAAUCAGAAGAAGAAGCAGAAGUAA